AUGCAAAGGAAUUACAAAGUGUUAGAGCCUAUAGCUGAUCGGGUUCUGGCCUUGCCUCAUACACCAGAGGUGGGCUUGAGCAAUCAGGCAUCAUCGUCGAGGUCUGUGGGCGUAGCCGUGGCUUCAGCUUCAGAGGGAGUGGAUAUACGAGUUGGUGUCCCUUUGGCGAGAUGGAAUACACUUACCGAGGUAAAGUUGUCCGAGCUUCGAACAUAUUUUAGUGUCCCACCUUCGGUGGGCUCGAGAUAUGUACUAGCAUGGCUUCAAGUUACCAUUUCAUCCCUGGGUGUAAAUGAUGUUGGCCAAGUUGGGGUAUGCGUCGGGGCAAUAUAA